AUGCAGUCAUCAAGAACACAGUUGGGGCGCCAAUUGCUGGGGGCGAGCAAGAGGAGGGUCGCGAGGGAGCCGUAUAGGUGUUUUUCAUGCUCGGUGAGGCAGGCCCAGCAGCAGCCGCCUCCUCCCAAGUCUCCGCAAGAUGGACCAUCAACGACGCAUUUCGGCUUCGAGACGAUUGCUGAGGCGCUGAAGGAGCAGAGAGUGGGCGCUGUCUUCUCCUCCGUCGCCUCCUCGUACGACUCGAUGAACGACUUCAUGUCCCUCGGCAUCCACCGCCUCUGGAAGGACCACUUUGUGCGCAAUCUCAACCCCGGCCGCAACCCUCUCACGUCUUCACCAUCCUCUCCCUCCGCCGAGCAAGGCUGGAACAUUCUCGACAUUGCAGGCGGCACUGGCGACAUCGCCUUCCGCAUGCUCGACCACGCCUCGACCAUCAACAACGACGCGCACACAAGAGUCACAGUCGCAGACAUAAACCCAGACAUGCUUGCCGAGGGCAAGAAGCGCUCACUACAAACCCCCUACGCGCGGUCACCGAGACUGAAAUUCGUCGAGGCGAACGCAGAGAAGCUGGACAUGAUACCAGAUAGCAGCAUCGACCUGUACACCGUCGCCUUUGGCAUCCGCAACUUCACGCACAAAGAAGCCGCCCUCAAAGAAGCGUACCGCGUCCUCAAGCCCGGCGGCGUCUUCGCAUGCCUCGAGUUCUCCAAAGUCAACAACCCGCUCUUCGACGCCGUGUACCAGCGCUGGAGUUUCGCUGCGAUUCCCUUGAUUGGCCAGUUGGUUGCGGGCGAUCGAGAUAGUUAUCAGUAUCUAGUAGAGAGCAUUGCCAAGUUCCCCAGCCAGACCGAGUUCAGCAAUAUGAUCAAGGACGCUGGAUUUCUCGUUCCUGGAAAGGGGUAUGAGGACUUAACGAAUGGUAUUGCGGCUAUACAUAAGGGUGUGAAGCCGGCUUGA